ACACCGCCACGUUUCGCCAUCGAAUUAAUGAAGAAAUCACAGCAAUUUCGGGUGGUUGCCCUGCUCGUGGCAAUCACACUUCUCGGAGAGAUUCGGGCCCGCGAGGCCAUCUCUUCCCCUCCCGAUGUGGGUCAAAUCAUUAAAGAUCUCGACGGGCUGCAGUUCGAUGGGCCAACGAUCCGAACAGGUCCACCCUGCAAAGUGGACGUACAAAAGGACCUGCCACGCCCCAACGAAGUCCAACCCCUGUACCUGCGCCCGGGCACAGAUCUCUAUUGGCUGCCCAAUUCGCAGGGGCAGUUGGAAAUACCCCGCGGUGCCAGCAUCGAAUUGUACUGCAGCGAGUCCUUCGAAUCCCUGCCGCCAGGACUUCGUUCGAUACGGGUGCAGUGUCUGCAGGAGACAACCUUUGGCUGGUCGGGUGAGCACAUCAAGUUCCGUGAUUUUGUUUGCUCAAAGUCCAUACCAUACAUCGUGGAACGCCUGGACAAGCCAUGUGGAGAAGCCUCCUCCAUUCCCACAGUCGCCUCCACCUCUUUGUACCGCGUGGGCUAUGACACCGGAGAUGGGAGAUUUGUGGAGACCAUGCAGUUGUGCCACGACCCCCUGGCCCUGCGCACCCACUACGCCCGCCAUCAUUUGGUACCAGCGAAUGUCCACCACCAGAAGAACGUGAAGCGUCUCAGCUUCAGCCCCGCCGGUCAUUUCGAGGGCUACGACAUGGCCAGAAUCUACACCCAUCGGCACCAGGAGCAGCUGCUGGCCGGGGCGGGUCUGCUGGACGUCAAGGAUGGGUACUUUCUGGCCCGUGGCCACCUGGCGGCAAAGGCGGACUUGAUCUAUGCCAGCCAGCAGAGGAGCAGCUUCAACUACGUCAACGUGGCGCCCCAAUGGCAGAGCUUCAACGGCGGUCAGUGGGCCACGCUGGAGGACUCUACGCGGCGCUUUGUGGCCACCUCUGGCAUCUCGGCCACGGUGUAUACGGGCACCCAUGGAGCGUUGCAGGUGGGGAAUCGCACCCUCCACCUGGCCUCCGAUGCCAACAACAACGACGUUCUGGCAGUGCCACAGCUCUUCUAUCGUGUGCUCAUUGACAACGCAAAUCCUGGCCGCGGCAUCGCCCUCGUGGGUGUCAAUAAUCCCCGGGCCACCCUCGACCAGAUCCAGGACUCCUAUAUCAUUUGCGAUCCAGUCGAGGAGCGGGUCAAAUGGCUACACUGGCUGCGAAAAGGCAACGCCAAGGGUAACCUGAGAAAAGGCUAUCUCUAUGCCUGUUCCGUGGCGGAUUUUGCCAGCGUUGUCACCCACCUGCCACGCCCACUUUUGGAUGUGGACGAACUGCUAACCUAGAUGCGGGACGCUGCGAUAGUGGUUAGCUUUACGGAUUACGUUUAAGUGAGUGCAAUAAAGACUGAGUGUUUUGGAUCGGAAGUGGGGUAUC